ACCCAAGAGCACAGAUAGAACAAGGACAUAGUUAUAAAUAUAUUUACUGGGAGGUCCCAAUUAAAAAUUAUUCACAAUUUAAUGACAACGUUUUCGAGGUCAGAAACGGUGGUGUCCUAUGAUUAGAAAGUGUUUUAUUGACUUUGGCUUUGAUUGAGUCUGGCCUAAACAAUAGGCUGCUUUGAUUUAAUAAUUUUAUUUUGAACGCUUGAAAGUCCCGGAAGAGGCGCUGCAUGUGUCUUGCAGAGACCGCGGGAAAAUGUCGUUAUUUCCUGCUCCCUGAAGAAGGUUGUUGGGUUGUCGCGACAGUGGCUGUAAACAGAUGAUAAAGCAAAAUAACAUGCCAAACAACAUUCUUUGAAUCGAUUUUCAUAUGCUACUUCCAGGUACAUCUGUGAGCCAUUGAUUGAGCAUCAGGAGAAUGGAAGGGGAUUUGAUGGAUGAAGUGUAUGGUGACCUCAGCCAAGACCACCAUAAUACCACAGCAGCUUUAAAUGAAGAUUCUGUGGAUAUUUAUUUUGGUUUAGAAAGUCCAAAGACGAAUUCAAAUGCAGAAAGGAACUACACACUCCUCUCACCACAGAAUCUGAAAUAUAUGGAUUUAUAUGAAGAAAUCAUAACAGAGGAACAGCAGGAUCGAGAGUCUUCCUACAAUGAGUUGAGGACAAGAUUCAAUGCAGCACAAAGCCAAGUUGACGAGUUAAUGAGAAGGUUGCAGCAGACUGAAACACAGAAUACAACACUGAACACCGAGAACAGCCGUCUGAAGAAGAACAUCUGUGCACUCAUCAAAACAGCUAAAAUGGAGGUUGUGCGGAAGGACGAGGAGAUAAAUAGGUUGAGCCAAAGUUUCAGGCCAAGGAGGGGUCCUGUAGUUCACCAUCAAUCUCAAAUGAACUGCCUGAGAAAUCAAAUUCCAACCAGACAGAACCCUACGGGGCAGUCACAACCUAGCCAACCACAAGUUCCAACCAGACAGAAUCCUACGGGGCAGUCACAACCAAGCCAACCACAAAUUCCAACCAGACAGAAUCCUAUGGGGCAGUCACAACCUAGCCAACCACAAGUUCCAAACAGACAGAAUCCUACGGGGCAGUCACAACCUAGCCAACCACAAAUUCCAACCAGACAGAAACCUACGGGGCAGUCACAACCUAGCCAACCACAAAUUCCAACCAGACAGAAUCCUACGGGGCAGUUGCAACCUAGCCAACCACAAAUUCCAACCAGACUGAAUCCUACUGGGCAGCCUCCACCAAGCCAACCACCGGGUCCUAGACAGGAUUGUGUUGUAAAGGAUCUUAGCCAGCUCCUCUGUAAAGACAGAGAUGUGGUCCACCCCCUUCUCCCUCCAACCCCCUCUGAUGCAACAGUUUUCCGACCACCUCUUCCUGAUGCAACAGUUCUCAGACCACCUCUUCUUGAUGCAACAGUUCUCAGACCACCUCUUCCUGUCACUUCAAAGACAGCUAGAGGAGAUUCAGAAGCUCCAGUGAAACGCACUGUUAGUAGUUCCAGCCAGGACUCUGUGAAUAGACACCCUACACGUGAACUUGACCCGUCAGACGAGCCAAAACAAACCAAGCACAGAGAAGGCAGAGGUGAGAAUCCCAGGCUGUCCGACUCAAAGGAGCAGCGAAAAUAUAACUCCAAGUCAAGCAGAUACCCUCGUCUCUCAGAUGUUGAGGUACACAGGAGAUCAGAGCGGGCUAAAAAUCCAACGUCAGACAUUUUGCAUUGCACUGCUUCCUCUGACCGCACUUCUGAAGGAUUGUCUAAAGAUUGUGCAGCCUAUCAAUCAAAAGGUUCUAGUCGGCAUUAUAAGGAGCUCAGGCGUGAUAAGGAUGAUGAUGAUGAUGAUGAUGAUAGGCAUAGUAGAAAUACUAAAGACAUUUCCUCUAACAGAAAGCAUGCCUAUUUGAAUCAAGCCAGUGUCACUGAACGAUCCAGUGAAUCUUUUAAUCGCAAGGGAGGGACAAGUCCUCCAAGGGACCAUCGAAGGAAAGAGGAGAGAAGAAGAGAGGAUGAGAUCAGAAAAGAAAAGAAUCGAUCAAAAAAAUCAGGAGAAAGAAAAAGCACUUAUACAGAGAGAAGAAGAACAAAGGAAAGUGACCAAUGCAGUAAGGACAAGACAAUGGACAACAGUAAAGUUGGGGGUCAAAAGACGGAUGAGAAGUGUGAAUUGCUUCCAUCUGAGGUUAAAGUGGCUGAGAAAAGCUCUGUAGAGGAAAACGGUUCAAACAGAAAGUUAAGUUUCAUGGAAACUCUGAAUCUUACCCUGUCACCAGUUAAAAAACCAAGACAGCCUGCUGAAACCAAGGAACAGGAGGGCACACCACCUGAGGAAGUUCCUGAAGACCAGUCAGCGGAAGACAGUGGGCAGCCUGAUUUAGAUGAAUUACUCAUCUUAGACGAAAUCAACAGUAGUGUGGUAGAGACCGAUGAGGUCUUCGAGGACCCAGUUGUACAGCCCUCUUCAGAAAUCCCAACGCCUUCAGAACCUGAAAGUAUAAACCUUAGACAUGCAGACAAAGAACCUUGUCAGGAUGCUAACAAAGGUGUGGCUGAGGCCAAUGAGCAACCUAAGUGCCAGUUAGAAGUGGAAGACACUAUUGUCCAAGAUGUCUCAGAAGGUAGGCCUGAGCUGCUGGAUGCCACAUUGGAUCAGAGGACUGAACCCACCACACCAGAACUUCUCAGGAAGGUUUGUGUUUCAGCACCAGACUGUGACAUUGUUUUGAGAACUCCACUGAAAACCAGACCUGAAGAAUGUGCCUCUGCAAAUAAAAUGAGUGAGUCUGAGGAUUUUACUGCUGCUGCUGUCACUGCUACUACUGUUACUGGGAAUCGUGGAAACGAUUCAAAUACUGACACUGGCCUAUCUUCUAACGGAUUUACCCCUGAACUUCCAAUGGAAAAUGUAGUUCUUAUUACUGACAAUUGGGUGUGUAAGCCAAACGGUAAAACUCCCAGUGCUUUGGUCUGUAAAAGUCAAGCUGUUGAAAAUGUGACACAAGGUCCACCUGCGGCUGUCUGUGUGGGAAAUCCUGCUGUUGAAGGUGUUCCAGGAAAAGAACAAUCGGAAUCUCUGCAAUUGCCACUGCCUGCCUCUGUUAUUUCCAAUUCUAGUCUAGAUGUGACAGCGGAGGUGCAAGAUAUUUCCAAGCAUGGUGUUUGCAGUACGAUUAGCAUGGAGGUAAUUCCAGAGAUCUGCAUUACAUCUGAGAUCGUUAAUGAUGUCACAGAGAUACCUCUGGAGUGUGAGAAGGAGAAAACUGUUGUGGAACAAAGUUCACCGUUGAGCAGCAUUGGGGUGUCUAAGGUGAGCAGCACGACAGGAGAGGUUGCACCAUCAGCACAGCACAACAGUGGUUUGUCACAGACACCAAAGAAGUCCCCCAAUUCUGAGCCAAGUUACACAGAGAAUGAAAAUGUGAAUGUUGAGCCCUCUAGCUCCAUUCCAUUGGCCCAUGAUGAGGACUCGAUGAUGCUUACGCUGAGCAGCCUAAAAGGUAUUCCAGAUGCCAUCAGCCCGCUCACAAGCCCAGUCCGUCCAAUGAGGAAAAGCCAGCAGCCGCCAUGUCACAGCAAACCUGCUUACGUCAAGAGUCUUCGCAAAGAGUUUACCAGUGCUGCUGGGGAUCCCAAUUCGAAGAAGUUGGAUGUGAAUAUGGAGAACAAGAAUCCUGGCCGCUCCAUUGCAAGUGCUACACGACAAGAUGUGGAUCGGGCUUCUGUCCGUUCUUCCAGCCUUGAGGAUGAAUUGGAGGAGGGUGAAAUUCUUAGUGAAGGGGAAGAAACUCCAGUCACGCCAAGUUCUCCAGCCAAAACGGUUAGGCCCACAAGCACUGUUAAAAGUCAACCAAUUCCCAAGUCAUCCCCUAGACUUUCCAAGAAGUCGCCUGAAGAGAAAGGGAAUUCUAAACCCCUAAGUAAAACCUUGAUUUCACCAGUUGGAAGCCCCAUGUCAAAAGCUCGCUAUAAAACUGUUCAACCUCCGUUACCCAAAGCCGCCUUGUGUACCGUGGAGGAGGUUAUGGCCAUGUUUGUAAAGAUCCGCUAUGCGUGCAGGAAAAAGUACAUGAAGCUUCGUUCAACUUUCUCUAAGGAACGCUUCUGCGGUGUUAUGGACAUGUCCCUUGACUCUUUUACAGACUUUGUUGAUAGUGUUAGCUUUACUAAACUAUGCAGCCAAGAAGAUGACCUCAAAGUGAAACUGAAGAAAAACAUAAUGUCUGUUUUGAGUAAGUUAUCAAAUAAUGGCAUUGUCAACCGCAUCUUUGACCAGGAACCACUUAAUAUGAAGUCGAAACUGUGGGAAUUUGUGAAUGUGCAGUUAGACUUCUUAUUCAAGGAAAUUCAGACUGCUCUGAGAAGUGUUUGCAAAUCCUCAAAUGGAAACCAGUCUGCAGGAGCCAAAAAAAGGGACUUGAGUCUCUCCAAGCAGCCAGUGAAGUCCCCCAAGCAGCCAGUGAUGUCAUCGGUGUCCACAGCCUCUAAACUUAAAAGACCGCAGGGAGCGGUACAAAAAACUAAUUGUGUGUCCAGAACAUCUGCAAGUAAAAGACCGCAAGAGGAAUUAACAGAGUGUGUUGAACCCAACAUAAAAAGAACCAGGGCUCAGAACCUCCCCCCUUGCAAAACCGGUCUUGGAAGAGGCAAAAAUAUGAAAAUGUCAUUUGAAGAUGAUAAGGAAUCAGAGCCUCAAACUUCAGAUCAUCCUCUUAUGCAACCUCCAAUGCAACCUCCUUUGCAACACGGGUUAGAGAUCUUACCAUCAAACAUCUCUUCAUCUGUUGAGAAAACAGCUGCCUAUGUUCGCCGGCUGUCUCAAAAUGGCUCACUCCAUGACAAGUCUGACUUCGAAAUCCUCACAGAACAGCAAGCCUCCAACCUAACAUUCAACCUGGUGACAGACUCCCAGAUGGGAGAGAUCUUCAAGUGUCUCUUACAAGGGUCUGAUCUGCUAGAAACUAGUGUCUCAGCUGGGGACAAUCAGGCCUGGCCUCUUGGUACUCCUCGGAAAGGAGAGCGCUUCCGAGGCGUUACCACCCCAAGCAAAGUUGGUACCACAAGCAAAGUUGGUACUCCCUCUAAAGUCAUUGCCACAUGGUCUUCUAUUUCACCUUGCAAGUUUUCCCCUCCAAAUUCAAAAGUCCAAAUUCCACUAAAUCCAGCUUUGUUGGAUGAGAGUUGCAUGUUAGAGGUGCCCUCCAGCCUACCAGAAGACAAAAUGACAUCACAGUCCAGUGUGUUCUCGCAGAGAUCUUAUUCCAUUUUGGCAGAAGAUCUGGCUGUCUCCCUCACAAUUCCUUCGCCUCUCAAGUCUGACAAUCACCUCAGCUUCUUGCACACAGCCAGCGUGGAGCCCAUGUCUGCUCCAGAUAGUGUUAUCAGUGCACACUUCAGUGAGGAUGCCCUUAUGAAUGGGGAAGAUGCUACAGAGCAGGACAUUCACCUUGCCCUGGACACAGACAACUCCAGCGGUGCGUCAAGCGGUGGUGGCAGGACCAGGGAGGCUUCUGUUAACCCCCUGUUUCACUUCAAGCCUCACUUGCCCAUGCAGGCAGUAGUGAUGGAGAAGUCAAAUGAUCAUUUCAUUGUGAGAAUACGGCAUGCAAACACCAGCCCAGACACCAACUCCAACAACUCAGGUGUCAACUUCUCCAACCUAGGCAACAACUCCACCAGCCUAGUGGUCAACCGCACAUGCCUAGGAAUUAAAUCAACAAGCCAAGGAGUCAACUCUUCAAGCCCAGGAAGUGUAAACUCUACCUACCCAGGAAAUAACUCCCCCAACCCAGACACAAACUCAAGCUACCCAUGUGUCAACUCCACAAGCCCACAAGUCAACUGCACCAACCCAGGCAUCUACCCCACAAGUGCAGACAUCAAUCCAAGGGCUGUCUCAAGCCCUCAAACACCACCAGGAGAAGAACAACAUGGCAAAGACAAAGCUCAUCCCACACGAAAAACUCCUUCUAAAACCCAUUUUUCAGAGGCCAGUCCUCCUUUCUACCUUUCAACAAGCACCGAAACAGCAUCUGCGCUAUCUUCACCAUGCCUCACCAUCGUAGAAGACACACCGGAGAGAGACCACAGCAAGGAUAAGACUGGGAAAAAGCGGACAAAGCACCAUGUUGAAAUGAAAGCAAAGCGGCCUAAAAAGGAGGUGAUCCCUGAGAAGAUCAAGCAUAAAAAGAAGUCCUCAAAAAGUGCCAAAGGAAAGGAGACUAGAAGCUCCAAGAGAGAGAGAAGUAAAGUCACUACUCCUCCCCAAUCUACCCCAUCACCCAACAGCCUGUCUGCCAAGAAUAUCAUCAUGAAAAAGGGUGCAGUGGUGGUGACUUGGACAAGGGAUGAAGACCGAGAUAUUCUCCUCGCGCUGAAGAUGAAAGGUGCCUCUCCAGAUACUUUCUCUGCCCUAUCGGAGAAGAUGAGCAAGACACCCGCUCAGAUUGCAGAGAGAUUUUCCCAGCUGAUGAAGCUUUUUAAGAAGAAGAAGAUGGCAAGUUGACUUUCCGGGAAUCUUAUCAUUUUUCUUUAUUCAAUGAAGAUUUCAAGUACUAUGCUUUUUUUUUUUAUUCAGAUGUUGCAAGGUCAAGGCUCGAAUUUCCCAUUUGACGAAUGAGCAGAAGCAGAUCAUCUGAAUUUGAUCCCUGUAAUUGAUGGCCUUGGAACAUAUGAAGGCCAAGUCAACUAGAUCUCAAACUGAAAUGUUUUUUGUUUCUUUUUGGGGGGUGGUCAGCAAGGAUCAGAAUAUCCUUGAGGUAACAUCCACACAGGCUUCAAUGUAUCAUCUCCCCACAGCCUGAAUUAGUACAGCUCGUAUAAGCUGUUUUGCUUCGUCUGCUGAUUUAGCAGAUUUGUAUGCACUGGUAUUUUUUCUUUUUGUUGCGUUAAAUCUAAUCUACCAUAUUGAUCCUGGGCAAUAUCCCAUAUCAACUUCACAACUCUUAAUAUGCCCCAGCAAGUUUAUACUAUAUGUGGAGUUAAACACUGCUGCAAUCAUACAUUUCAUCUAAAGUAAUUGACACAUUUUAGCAGUAAAUGGGGAAUUGUCUCUAAUACUUUUGUGGCGCAUUGCCGCAUGUACUAAAGUUACUUUUUAUACAACAUCUGGGGGGGGUUUGGAAAUAAAGGUUGGAACUACAAUUCAGGUCACAUUUAUAUCAUAUUUCAUGCUGUAAGGUCACAUGGCAGAAAGUACAUUUUACUGUACAGUAUGUCAAAAGUAUUCUAUUUUGGAUAUAUAUUGUACUGACUUCAAGAUGGUCAGUUAAAUUAAUAAAUAAGGCGUACAUGUUCCAUUUUAUGUACGAUUCAAGGUGGUAUGUUGAUAGAAAUUAAGGAUUUUAAAGGGAACAUUUCUUGACUUAGAUUUUUGGUUGGUUGGUUGGUUGGUUUUGGAUGAUUGUGAAUGAGUGACUACCUGGUUAACAAAUGUACACUGUAUAUUGUACAUAUUUUGCUUUUGUAAAUAAAGUGUAUUUAUUUAA